AACCCUGCGCUCCCGGAUGUGACGUCAGCGUUCUUGGUUUCUGUUCUUCCGCCUGUCGACCGGACUCUAGGCUCCCAGGUUUGUUUGCUGUGUACGUGGAAGAAGCAGGCGCAUGCGCACACGGGCCCCUUCCGCUCAGCUGUGCGGAACAGCGGAGGUUAACAUCCCGGGCUCGCGGGAGGCUCUCGGGGUCAUGGCCACACGCUGACAGAACAAGCCGAGUGGGAAAGGGAGCCAAGCCGUUCCUCUGCACCCUUCCGCAGGCCUGAGACCUUCCCGCUUGGUGCUGCCGCCGCCACUGCCGGCUGAGGAGGGGCGAUGAGUUGGUUCAACGCCUCCCAGCUCUCCAGCUUCGCUAAGCAGGCCCUGUCCCAGGCCCAGAAGUCCAUCGACAGGGUUCUGGACAUCCAGGAAGAGGAGCCGAGCAUCUGGGCCGAGACCAUUCCGUAUGGAGAGCCGGGAAUAAGUUCGCCUGUCAGUGGAGGAUGGGAUACUUCAACCUGGGGGUUGAAAUCAAACACUGAACCUCAGAGUCCACCAAUAGCCUCUCCUAAAGCAAUCACAAAGCCAGUUCGGAGGACUGUGGUCGAUGAAUCUGAAAAUUUCUUCAGUGCCUUUCUCUCACCAACUGAUGUCCAGACCAUUCAGAAGAGUCCAGUGGUAUCAAAACCUCCAGCAAAAUCACAACGACCAGAAGAAGAAGUGAAAAGCAGCUUACAUGAAUCCUUGCACAUUGGACAGUCAAGAACGCCUGAAACAACUGAGUCACAAGUAAAAGACUCUUUGUGUGUUUCAGGGGAAACUCUGGCAGCAGGUACUUCAUCACCUAAAACUGAAGGCAAGCAUGAAGAAACUGUUAAUAAAGAAUCGGACAUGAAGGUGCCAACUGUAAGUUUGAAAGUAUCUGAAAGUGUAAUUGAUGCGAAAACAACUACGGAAAGUAUAUCUAAUAUAUCUACACAGUCUCUCACAGCAGAAACAAAGGAGAUGGCUUUGGAACCUAAGGAACAAAAACAUGAAGACAGGCAGAGCAAUACACCUUCUCCUCCUGUUAGUACCUUUUCAUCAGGUACUUCUACCACCAGUGAUAUUGAAGUUUUAGAUCAUGAAAGUGUAAUAAGUGAGAGCUCAGCGAGCUCGAGACAAGAGACUACAGAUUCAAAAUCAAGUCUUCACUUGAUGCAGACAUCUUUUCAGCUUCUCUCUGCAUCUGCUUGUCCUGAAUAUAAUCGUUUAGAUGAUUUCCAAAAACUCACUGAGAGUUGCUGUUCAUCUGACGCUUUUGAAAGAAUAGACUCAUUUAGUGUACAGUCAUUAGAUAGCCGGAGUGUAAGUGAAAUCAAUUCAGAUGAUGAAUUGUCAGGCAAGGGAUAUGCUUUAGUGCCUAUUACAGUUAAUUCUUCAACUUCAAAGUCUAAAACAGUUGAAUCUGCUGAAGGAAAAUCUGAAGAAGUAAAUGAAACAUUAGUUAUACCCACUGAGGAAGCAGAAAUGGAAGAAAGUGGACGAAGUGCAACUCCUGUUAACUGUGAACAGCCUGAUAUCUUGGCUUCUUCUACACCAAUAAAUGAAGGACACACUGUGUUAGACAGGGUGGCUGAGCAGUGUGAACCUGCUGAAAGUCAGCCAGAAGCACUUUCUGAGAAGGAAGAUGUUUGCAAGACAGUUGAAUUUCUGAAUGAAAAGCUGGAAAAAAGGGAGGCUCAGUUAUUAUCUCUUAGUAAGGAAAAAGCACUUCUAGAAGAAGCUUAUGAUAACCUGAAAGAUGAAAUGUUCAGAGUGAAAGAAGAAAGCAGUAGCAUUUCUUCCUUGAAAGAUGAGUUUACUCAAAGAAUUGCAGAAGCAGAAAAGAAAGUUCAACUAGCCUGCAAAGAGAGAGAUGCUGCUAAAAAGGAAAUCAAAAACAUAAAAGAAGAGCUUGCCACUAGAUUAAAUAGUAGUGAAACUGCAGACCUUUUGAAAGAGAAAAAUGAGCAGAUCCAAGGGUUAAUGGAAGAAGGAGAAAAACUUUCAAAACAGCAAUUGCAUAAUUCUAACAUCAUCAAGAAAUUAAGAGCUAAAGACAAGGAGAAUGAAAAUAUGGUUGCAAAACUGAACAAAAAAGUUAAAGAGCUAGAAGAGGAGUUGCAGCAUUUGAAACAGGUCCUUGAUGGCAAAGAAGAGGUGGAGAAACAACAUAGAGAAAAUAUUAAAAAACUGAAUUCCGUGGUAGAACGCCAGGAGAAAGAUCUUGGCCGUCUUCAGGUAGACACGGAUGAACUUGAAGAAAAGAACCGAAGUAUUCAGGCUGCCCUGGAUAGUGCAUACAAAGAACUUACUGAUCUUCACAAAGCCAAUGCUGCAAAGGAUAGUGAGGCACAGGAAGCUGCUCUGAGCCGUGAAAUGAAAGCUAAAGAAGAACUUUCUGCAGCAUUAGAGAAGGCCCAAGAAGAAGCCCGUCAGCAGCAAGAAACAUUAGCCAUUCAAGUGGGGGACCUUAGGCUUGCAUUGCAGCGUACAGAACAAGCAGCUGCCAGAAGGGAGGAUUAUUUACGCCAUGAGAUCGGUGAACUUCAGCAGAGACUCCAGGAGGCAGAGAAUCGAAACCAGGAACUGAGUCAAAGUGUUUCAUCAACCACAAGACCAUUGCUUCGACAAAUAGAAAAUUUGCAAGCAACCCUGGGAUCCCAGACAUCGUCGUGGGAGAAAUUAGAGAAGAAUCUUUCUGAUAGGCUUGGUGAAUCCCAGACCUUGCUGGCAGCAGCAGUUGAAAGAGAACGUGCAGCUACAGAAGAACUCCUUGCUAACAAAAUUCAGAUGUCUUCCAUGGAGUCACAGAAUUCUCUCUUAAGACAGGAAAAUAGUAGAUUUCAAGCCCAGCUAGAAUCAGAGAAAAAUAGGCUAUGUAAGCUGGAGGAUGAGAACAACAGGUACCAGGUUGAAUUAGAAAACCUAAAAGAUGAAUAUGUAAGAACACUUGAAGAGACAAGGAAAGAAAAGACACUGUUGAAUAGUCAGUUAGAAAUGGAAAGAAUGAAAGUUGAACAAGAAAGGAAGAAAGCCAUUUUUACUCAAGAAGCAAUAAAAGAAAAGGAACGCAAGCCAUUUUCUGUUUCUAGCACUCCCACCAUGUCACGCUCAAGUUCAAUAAGUGGUGUUGAUAUGGCAGGACUACAGACAUCUUUUCUGUCUCAGGAUGAAUCUCAUGAUCACUCAUUUGGACCAAUGUCUGUAUCAGCAAAUGGAAGCAAUCUUUAUGAUGCUGUAAGGAUGGGAGCAGGAUCAAGCGUUAUUGAAAACCUACAGUCUCAGCUAAAGCUAAGGGAAGGGGAAAUUACUCAUUUACAGCUAGAAAUUGGCAAUCUAGAAAAAACUCGAUCAAUAAUGGCUGAAGAACUAGUUAAAUUAACAAAUCAAAAUGAUGAACUUGAAGAGAAGGUGAAGGAGAUACCCAAACUUAGAACUCAGCUAAGAGAUUUGGAUCAAAGAUACAACACUAUUCUGCAGAUGUAUGGAGAAAAAGCAGAAGAGGCGGAAGAACUUCGAUUAGAUCUUGAAGAUGUAAAAAAUAUGUAUAAAACUCAAAUAGAUGAACUUUUAAGACAAAGGCUCAGUUAACUUGUGAAAACUGAAUUCCUGUCAAACUGAAUGUAAACAUUUAAUAUCUAAACAUUUAAUGUGGACUUCCAAUAAAUUCUUUUAUAGAAUUAGAAAAUGGGAUUUACUGUAGAGCAUAAAAAUUUUUUUUAAAUUGUUUUACACUAUAUAGUAAUAUUUACAGUUAAAUUAUUUUGUGCAAUAUUUGAACUUUAUUUUUGAAACUGUUCUUUAAAGAUUUAUUUUUGAAAGCAUUCAUUUUUUUUUCCCUUGAAUAGCACAGAGAUUUAUUACUUUAUCCUCAUAUCAAUAUGGCUAGGGAAGAAGAGUGGUGUUCAUAUAUGUAUUAUAGAUAUACAACUAGUUGUAUCUAUAAUUUGUAAGUGUUUAUAUAUAUAUAUAUUAAGAACAUUUAAAGAGUAAUGUUAACAUACUGAAACUUUGAAAUCUUUCACAUUUAAAUUUUCAGCAUAUCUUAAUUACUACUCAUGAAAAUGUACAUUGUGUUAAAGUAAAAAAUUAUUAAAUCUGUGGUCAUUAAAUUUUAAACUAAUUUUUUUUUUCUUUAAAAGUAAGAGUAACACUGACACUGUCUGAAAUUUAAAGAGUAAAUGAUUUAAACUUAAAAAAAAAUUUUUGGUCUGAAAUUUUAUUUCACCUAGCUUUCACAAUUAAGUCUGUAUAAAAUGUGGUACCUUUUGGUGCCUAUCCAGAGAAACCUGUACAUAUUCAAUGUUAUCUAGAUGUGAUUGGAUAAUGGAGAAAAUUUAUAAUGAUUUUGCAGUGGCAUCAAUAACAUUUAAAUGAUUUUGAAGAAGUAUUAUUUUCCUACCCUAUAAAAUGAAUCAAAAAUAAUAAAGUUCUUAACAUAAUUUACUCUUUAAAAAUUACCUGUUCGUAUUUUGUAAACCCAUAUUUUUAGCACAUUAAAAAUGAAUGUUUGAUAUUACAGAAUAUUCAUAACAAAUGGAAAAAUUAUAGGAAUUAACUUGAAUUUGACAUUUUAUAAUUCUGUGUGAAUUAUCGUUUUAUUUUUUCUUGAAAUUUCAAACACAAGGAAGGCAUGGAAUAGCUUUUAAAAAUAGCUAUGCUCUCUUCCAAGUGUUAUUUUAUUCAAAAAGGUAACCAGGCUGUGUUUUAAACCUGUGAAAUAUUUUGAUGCAUUUUAUUACUGAAAGUUAUUUAACUGCCUUUACUUGCACAUAAAAACUCUCAUUUACGGCUGGGUGCCGUGGCUCAUGCCUGUAAUCCCAGCACUUUGGGAGGCCAAGGCGGGUGGAUCACCUGAUGUCAGGAGUUCAAGACCCGCAUGGCCAACAGUUUGGUGAAACCCCAUCUCUACUAAAAAUACAAAAAUUAUCCUGGCGUGGUGAUGUGCGCCUGUGAUCCUAGCUACUCGGGAGGCUGAGGCAGGAGAAUUGCUUGAACCUGGGAGGUGGAGGUUGCAAUGAGCCAAAAUUGCGCCACUGCACUCCAGCCUGGGCGACAGAGCAAGACUCCAUCUCAAAAAAAAAAAAAAAAAAAAGAAAACUCUCAUUUUUUAGUUAAAAUUAAAACACUGGUACUUCAGAGUAUGAAUACAAGUAAGACAUCUUGAAGAAUUUGGAGUUUUUCAGGGCAAUUCAAAUGACCUCACUUUUGUUCAUUUUGUAUUCCAGACAGUGUUUCUGUCAUUGGAUCUCUGAUUUGUAGCAUUAAUAAAUAUUCUUUCAGUGUGAGCCAGAUUCAUAAAAUUAAUUUUCUUCAUUUUAGUGGUAAAAAGCAGUCUAAUAGCUUUUUGUCAGCUUGAUUUUUUUUUUUUUUUGUAAUAUUCAAGGGCAGAAUGACAGGACAGAUAAGCAAUAAGAAAUGUAUAGAAUUAGAAAAUACAGCAGUUCCCUCUUACCCAUGGGACAUACAUUCCAAGACCCCCAGUGAAUGUCUGAAACCAUGGAUAGUAUAGAACCCUCUAUACACUGUUUUUUGCUAAACAUAUACACCUAUGAUAAAGUUCUAUUUAUAAAUUAGGGACAGCAAGAGAUAAACAAUAACAAAAUAGAACAGUUAUAAAAAUUCACUGUAAUAAAAGUUAUGUAAAUGUGAUUUCUCUGUCUCUUUCUCUUAAAAUAUCUUAUUGUACUGUACUGACCUGUAAUCAGACCGUGGUUGACCAUGAGUAACUGAAACCACAGAAAGCAAAGUCGUGGAUAAGCGGAGACUACGCUAUACGAAACUUAAGUUACAAAAUUCUGUGAAGCAUUUGAAACUAGACGUUUUGGAAUUAUGAAGUAGUCCCUUUAAAAUAUCCACUAGUAGGAAAAACUUCAUUUGCAGAGAAAAGAGUGCAAUAAAACUCUUUCCUAAACCUUUCAAUUUUAUAAUAUUAAACAUUCUUUUUUUAAUCCUUAUUAACAUUAAUAAGAUCAAUUCACUGAAAAUUUUCAAGUGUUUUCCAUUUUAUUUUAAAAUGACAAACAGCUGUUUAAGUUUCUGGCUACAUAUUACCAUAUAUUACUCUUUAUCUACAAAUAAAUAGCUGAUACUCAUGCUGAUCAUAUUUUGAUUGUAUACACUCGGAUCUCGCAAUACUUCUGUAAGUUAAAGUGAACUUAAAUAGUUUCUUGAAAAACUCCAGUAGGUGGCAGAAUACCUAUUGAAUAUUCAUUGCUAUACCUUGCUGUUUGUCAUUAAAACAUCUCUACCCAUAUUCUUGCAAAAUAAUAUUUAUAUUUUAAUGGAUAGGAAAAUGAUUUGCAAUUAGAUGUUUCCAUUCUUGAAAGAAAAAAGCUGCAAAUAACAUUUUCAAUAAUAUAAAAAACGAGUAAACAAAGGGAAGGUUGUGUGGUGAUUUAUAGACAAUUAAGCACAGACUGUAGAUGUCCUUCCAAUUCUUGGGAGGCUAAAUUGAGUCUACCAUUUCUUAACAUUUCUUUUACCUCUUUUAUGGGAAUUGCCAGUUGUACAGUGUUUAGCAUGUGGAAUGUACCAAAUAUAUCUAUGUUGUGACUUAAGAUAUUCUAAAUGUGGAUAACUUCUGACCUAGGAAACGUGAAGUUUGCAGUGAAGUAAGUGAAAAGAAUGUUCAGGAAAUUUUUUUUUGCCAUCUCUUCAUUUGGCAUUUAUUGAGAGUUUUAUUUGAAUGCUUAUUAAAAGUAUAUGAUUUAUAGUAUUUAGAAAAUAGAAGAAAAAAGUGUAGAUCUUGUUUUAAUACUGUAUGUUUAGUACAUAUACAUUUAUGUUCUAGUGUAUCAUAAUUUUUCAUUUUCAUUAAAGUGAAUCAAAAUUUCCCUAUUCUAGGUCCAUUUUAAACCAUGAAAACUUUUAUCACAUAUUUUGUAAAGGGCUAAAAGUAUGAUUUAAACUACAGAUUGACAUAAUAUUUUAAUUCUAAAUGAAAGAUAAUGUAAAUAAGCAUGGAUCUGAUUGAAUAAAGAUUUUAAAAUAGUAA